AGAGUUACAAGUGCAUGCAAACAAGAUCAAAUUAAAUAAGGUGUGAAAUAGUUAUUCUUUAAUUUGUUAAGCACAGUCAACCAAACGUUGCAUGAUUAUAUUAUGCAAUAAUCUUAUCUAAGAAGACGAUGACCCAAAUACAACACAAAUCCGCGACUUUUACGAUUGACUUUGCAGAAGGCGAUAAACCUCUUCGCAAACCCCCCAAACGCUUUACAGAAUACAAAACUAAAACAAAGGAACUGACGCUUGACAAAUUGGAAAAGAAGCAAUAAUCUUAUCUAAGAAGACGAUGACCCAAGUACAACACAAAUCCGCGACUUUUACGAUUGACUUUGCAGAAGGCGAUAAACCUCUUCGCAAACCCCCCAAACGCUUUACAGAAUACAAAACUAAAACAAAGGAACUGACGCUUGACAAAUUGGAAAAGAAGCAAACUGAAGCACUCCAAAGAAGACAGAAAUAUGAAGAGGAUACUUUAAGACGAAUAAGAGAAUCACGUGAUGAAUGCAUAAAAAUUGAUCAGAAGCUUUGGCUGCUACAGCAACAGGAUGCCAAAAGACGAGGCUUGCCAGGGAUGGAAUGCAUCAAGCCGAUGUCUCGGCGGGAAGCAGAAAAGGCAAUAAAGUCUGUUGCUCAAGACUUCAAUAAAAUAACAAAGAAAAUUGCAAUAGAAACACAUAUACCAUAAACACAAUACUUUGUGGUAUAUUUUAGCAUUAAAAUACUUUUCAAAACUGUUGACAGAACACAAUUUUUAAAGGGUAUCAGACUACUGAUUUGUUCAAAUUUACAGAAGUUGUGAAGCCCAUGAAUUUAAACUUUUUAUGAUUGCAACUGAUUAUUUGUAGUCCAUUUACAAGUGGCUUUGUUUCAAGUUUCUCAAGAUGUUUAACAAAACACCUAGAGGUUAGUAAUUAACAUUGGCUCAUGAAUGUCAAAUGUUUUGUAAUUGUGACAGUCCAUUAGUAGCAAGUGAUCAUCUAUAUGCAUUUUCCCAGACAGCCAGCACAUAACACAGCCUUUGAUAUACCAGUUGUGAGGUGCUAUUUGGGAUGAUGAAAAACACAAUCGGAGAAUGGGAUUAAAGUCUAGAAUCCAGUCUAACUACUGAGCUAGAUCUCACCCUCGUAGUUUGGAAGCAGAGCAAUGGAGCAGUUAAUAACUGUUAAUGACCGGAGCACAUAAUGUAUGUAGAAAACUGCACACGUUUUAGUUUUUAUAUGGAAUAGCAUUGAACUACCAGCCUUUUGGUAAUGUUCUAAAUGUGGGUACUGUAUUAAUUUCAUAAAGAUGCACACACACACACACUAAAAAAGAAGAAACAAUUUAUAUUGUCAGGAUGAGGUUGGAGGACCACAGGAGGGUUGCUUAUUUAUAUCAUCAACAUUUUUGUCUUGUGUAUAAGCAGGAUGAGGUUGGAGGACCACGGGAUGGUUUCUUAUUUAUAUCAUCAACAUUUUUGUCUUGUGUAUUAGCAGGAUGAGGUUGGAGGACCACGGGAGGGUUGCUUAUUUAUAUCAUCGACGUUUUUGUCUUAUGUAUUAGCAUCACUUUUUUGAAAACUUUGCUAGAGAUUUGUAAAAGCAACCCAUCCAUAAUAUGCAAAAAUGUGCUAGUCAAACGUUUGGUACAAGCUCGACUGUUUAUAAAACUUUUAAAGUUUAACGUCAUCUCCAACAGUGUCUUGAAAGUUUAACAUCAUGACGAUGCAUACAAAUUACGUGCAUGUGACAUGAUUAAAGAUUUGACAGUAGACAAAAGCUUAAUAAUCAGCCCAAAACCUCUAGAUAUAGAUGUAUAUGCAGGGCCGUAGCUAGGAUUUUUAGUUUUGGGGGGG